AUGAACUCCUCCACCUGUCGUUUCCUGGAAACAGACGCUCCAGCCUCUCCAGUUCUGGAGCUUCGUGUCCACACACCAUCUGGAGCAGCUCUGUGCCUGCUGGUGGCUUUCGGGGCUGCUGCUGGCUGUGGCACGAGGCCCCACAAAGUGACAGAGGCAGCCUCGGUGACUGCUCACCACCAAGAUGCCAGAGGAGUCUACUCGCUCAGGGCUCUUGUUGCCAGUGACUUCCGGGGAGCAGAGGUGGACUUUGGACCUUAUUUCGUGGAAGUUGGCAGUGGGGCUGUGACUGUGUUCAUGAAUGCCAGCAGUGUCCGUGCGGAGGAGGCUCUGGCCUCUGCUGGCUCAUUCAGGGACAGAGAGGGCGCUGGCGUGAUGCACCAUCUUCCAUCCGCCUCUUCCUACAGCGUGUCCUUCGUCUCCUGGGCACGGACAGGGGCUUGCCUGGCAUGGCACAGCGUCCCCAUGGGCUACAGGAUGGCAUCCGUCUCUGUCCGCACAAAUGGAACUGUAUUUGCCACGGACACGGAAGUCACCUUUGAGGCUGUUACCACAGAACCCGCACCCCUGGAGUUUGUGUGGCUUUUUGGCAAUGACCCACCAGUGCGGACAGCUUCCAGAAGCAUCAAGAGGCGGCUCCGCAAGCCCCAGGGGUACCAGGUGACAGUCGAGGCUUCCAGCAGGUUCGGCAGCGUGGUUUCUGAGGCCCACCUCAUCAAGGUGCAGGAGAGAAUUGUGGCCAAUCGGCUCCUGUCCACCAACUCGGCUCUGGUCAACACCAGUGUGGCCUUUGAGUGCAGAAUCAGCUUUGGCACAGAGGUGACCUACCGCUGGGACUUUGGCGAUGGCACCGUCAGCCUGGGGAGCAGCAGCAGCAGCCACGUCUACCACAGGGAGGGGGAGUUCACCGUGGAGGUCCUCACCGUCAACGCGGUCAGCACAGCCGCCCUGCGGAAGCAGCUUUUCAUUGUGCGCCGGCCCUGCCAGCCACCCCCCGUGAAGAACCUGGGGCCCCCGAAGGUGCAGGUUUGGCGGUCCCAGCCCCUGCGGCUGGGAGUUACCUUUGAAGCUGCCGUCCUCUGUGACAUUUCCCAAGGCCUCGCCUAUAGCUGGAGCUUCCUGGACGCUGAGGGCUCGCGCGUGCGGCUCCCAGCUGGAGUCGACACCCACAGCCAGACGGUCGAGCUGCCAGGCUACACGCUGCUCAGUGGGAACUACACGGCCUUGGCCAAGGUGCAGAUCCGGGGCAGUGUGGUGUACAGCAACUACUGUGUGGGUGUGGAGGUGCGACCCCGGGUACCCAUCAGUGUCAUCACAGAGGGCACACACCUGUUCAUCCCCAGGGCUGCCUCGGCCCCCCUUGUCCUCAGGGGGUCCCAGUCCUAUGACCCCGACCAUCCUGGGGCCGUUCUCAGGUUCCACUGGACAUGCAGUGCCGCCAGCUCCUCUGGGCAGCCCUGUUUUGAGGACUCUGCCCGCAGCCAAGUGGACAUGGCGUCUCCCACCCUUGCUUUCUCAGCAAGGUGGCUCAGCACCUGCUGUGACCAGUUCCUUGUGACACUGAUGGUCUCCAGAGGUGGCCAGAACUCUUUGAAGGCCCAGGUGUUCCUGUCCACCCGCCAGGACCCCAGCUUCAGGUUUGUGCACCUCUCCUGGGUCAGCUUCAGGGCCUCUGCUGUCAACCAGAACACAGAGCUGUCUCUGGAGGCUGCGUGCGAAGGCUGCGGGGACCUGCGAGACCUCAUGUUCUCUUGGGAGCUCUUCCUGGUCAACGCCACGGAGGACCGCAGGCUGGCAGAUUUCGAAGCCUAUUACGGCAACAUUGAAGAAGCAGAGCCAUCCCGAGGAAGACAGCCAGGAAGCGCCAGCCCCCUGGAGUCAGGAGCUAGCCUGGAUGAUGAGGGGAUCCCCGGCGAGGGGGACAGUCUUGUGGGCCCCUUCCUCUCUUCCAGCCGAGCGCAGCCUACCCUCCUGGUCGACUGGCCCAAGACCCCGGUCAGCAGAGCUGUCUUCCAAGGCUACACCUCGUCAGGGAUCACAGGCCCAGCCGUGACCAUCAAGCCUUACUCACUCAGCAGUGGGCAGACCUACGUGCUGCAGGCCUCCGUGGCCACCAAGCACGGCCUCCUCGGCAAAGCCCAGCUGUACUUGACGGUGAACCAAGCUCCGCAGCACGUGGCCUGCCAGGUGCAGCCACACCAGGGUCUGGAAGCGCACACCCUCUUCAGUGUCUUCUGCAUGUCGGGAGAGCCGGACUUUGAAUACGAGUUCAGCUACCAGAUCGGCGACACGCCACGACACAUUCUGUACCAUGGGAGGGACACCCAGUACUACUUUGCACUGCCAGCUGGAGAGCCCAUGGACAGUUACCAAGUCGUGGUUUCUGCUGAGAUCACAGAUGGCCGAGGCUCCAAGGCACAGCCGUGCGCUGUGGCCGUCACCGUGCUGCCCCAGUUCCGAGGGAUGGACUGCCCUGGCGAGGACCUGUACAAUUCCAGCCUGAAAAGCCUGUCCACUCUCCAGCUGAUGGGGAGCCACGCGGAAGCCAGGAACUACAUCACCAUGCUCGCCCGGAUCCUGAGCCGUCUGACCACGGAAGACGGAAAUGCCUCGUGCGGCCAGUGGUCACGGAUACAGGAUGCGCUCAUCUCCUCGGUGUGGGCCUUCUCCUCUGCAGACCAGGAGGAGUUGAUGGCUUCAGUACUGAUGCUGAGGGACCUCGUGGGCCUCCCCAGGAAGCUGAGCUCCACCAGCAAGCUGCUCAUCCUUAGGUAUGUCCGAGGACUCCUAGCUCGCAGCCGUCUUCCCACGGGGCUGGUGCUCGGCCGAGGCCUGCGGCUGGAGCUCGUCCAGCUCCUGUCCACAGUCUGGGAUGCCUCGGGGCAAGAAGGGACAGUGGUGGCCCAGGCACACAUCCAGGAGGAGGGAAUGGAGUUGGCGUCAGCCUUGUUGCUGGGUGGCCUCUCUCUGCCACAAGAACGUGAGCUCCGGGUCAGUGCCAGGCAGGUGGAGUUCCUGACCAUGCUUCAUUACAGCCUUCAGCGCUCUGCCCACAGCCUGGGCCCCAUCCGGGUGCACCUGCCUGAUGACCUGGCUGGGCCCGGAGCCGCCUGGGAGGAAACACAGAGCCCAUGCUACAUCAGCCAGCUUGUGCUGUUCAGGAAGAACCCACACCCAUGGGGCGGACGCGCUCCCGGGCAGGUUGGUGAAGCUGUGGGCCUGACCCUGCACACCUGCUCCGGCAGAAGGCCGAUCCGCCGCCAUCGGCUGGCGAGCCCUGUGACUGUAGAGUUUGGGGAGGCCGGCGGCUCGGACGGCCAGGGAAACAGAAUGCCCUUUGUGUUGCUUCGUGAUGAAGUGAACGUCCAUGAGUUUGCCUCGGGGCCCUCUGGAGGUGCUCCGGAGACCCUGCAGAUGCGCGUGCAGUUCUCCAAGCCGGCGGUGCGGGCCUUUCCGGUCCUCCUGCUUGUGAGAUUCUCCGAGAGACCCACGCCCUCGGCUUUCCUUGUGAAGCAGACCCACCUCUGGGAGGAAGGAACGCUGCAAAUUUACAUCCCUGCUGCUGCCUGCAAAGAGUCCCGAGUGGGCUUCUUGUCCUUGCUGGAUGCUGACUACGACAAAAGACCCCCGAACAAGCACCUGGCUGAGGCAGUGAACUACACGGUCCGCUUGCAGUGGCUCCGGUGCCUGCAGUGGGAUGAAGGAGAGUGGGGGUCGUCCCGCUCCUCCCCACAGCCAGGGACUUCUCCUGACUCAGUGAGCUGCAGCUAUGACCGCCUCGCUCUCUUCUCUCUCCUGAGACGGACACUGAGCGCCAGCCUGGGAGUGAGCCGUGUUUCCGAGUGGCGAAGGCACCCACAGAACUUGGUACCCGGGGUGUGUGUGGCAGUGCUUGCGAUCCUGUAUGGACUUCUGGCUGUGAAAAGCCGGCGUGUGGACUGCCGCGAGAAGAAGAAAGCGGGCUGUGUUUUCCUGCAGGAAAGUGUCCCUCCUGGCCACCAGCUCUACGCCAUCGUCGUGGACACGGGCUUCCGGUCGCCCGCAAGGUUUUCUUCAAAGGUCUACGUCGUCCUGUGCUUUGAGGAUGGCUGCUCACCGACCAGAGAGCUACACUGUCCCGAGAGGCCCCUGUUUGAGAGGAAUUCCAGACACACCUUCAUGCUGAGUGCCCCUGCCCGGCUGGGCACACUCCAGAGGGUCCGCCUGUGGCACGACAGCCGGGGGCCUGCCCCAAGCUGGUUUCUCAGCCACAUGAUGGUGAAGGAGCUGCGGUCUGGACGGGCCUGGUUCUUCCCUGCUCAGUGCUGGCUGGCUGCAGACCGGGACGAUGGCCGCGUGGACCGGGAGCUCACCUGUCUGCACCAGGGGUUUGGCAUCUGCAAGCUUUUCUACAUGAGGUGCACGGAGUACCUGGAAGACUUCCACGUGUGGCUCUCCGUGUACAGCCGGCCCUCCAGCAGUGACCUCCUGCACACGCCACGUCUGGCCGUCUCCUUCUGCCUGCUGUGCACGCACAUGUGCCUCACUGCCCUGGCCACUGCCCGAGGAGGCUCACAGGUGGGGGCAUAAACUCAUCUGUCUGCCGGCCCCACCGACCUCACCUUCCAUGCCUUUCGCCUGGGUCUCCUGUGCAGCCUCCUCGCCUCCCCCGGGGCGCAGCUCUUGUCUCUGCUCUUCAGGCUGAGCAAGGAACCCCCGGGGCCGCCCAGGGCUGCAGCACACACCCCCCUGAAGGGCGCGCAGAUGGAGGCACCGCAGGGCCCCGGAGAGACGCCUGGCGACCCAGAGCUGCACCAGCACCCUGCCUCGGCCAUUCUUGUUCAGAGGGAUGGGGCCCGGAGGAAGGCGACGAGCAGACCUGGCACAGCCUGUCCACCGUGGGAGCCGGAGGCCUUGGGGGCUGCCCAGGGCCCAGGAGGAUCCCACAGGCGAAGGGUCCGUGAGCUUUGGCCAAGUUGGACUGCAUGGGCCAUCUGCAGUUUGGCUUCCCUGGCCUGUGCUCUGGCGACAGCGAUCCUGGGCUACAGGUUCGAGCCGGCCCAGUGUGUGUGGUGGCUGCACCUGCUGUUCCUCUCCGUAGUCUGCUGCUGCUUCAUCAUGCAGCCACUCAUGAUGUGCGUGCUUGCGCUGAGUUUCGCUUGGAAAAGAAGAGACGACAGCCGCUUCUUUGCUGAGUCGUUACACAAGGCCACUAGGAACCUAGACUCCGGACUCGAAGGAUGUCCCAGGACCCACGACGCGCUCCCCAGCAGCCCCUGCUGUGCUGGCAGUGCAGGGCACAUCGCGGAGGUCCUGGCUGCCCGGCAGCGAGCCCGCCGCCUGCGCUGGGUCCAGCCCCCGUCCCGGGCCCAGCUCAAGGUCACCAGGGAGAGGACGAAGAGGGAGAAUCGCGCCCGGGCCACCCUGAGGGAUGUCGCUGUGCUUGCCCUCAAGCUGCUGCUGCUUCUGUGUGUGACGAGUGGACGGUCCUCCAGGGAUGCGGGCUCUCUCAAUCAAGCUGUGCGGAAGUGGUUCACCAGAAGCCCGGGGCAUGCCUGGGACAGCCUGCAGAGCAUUGAUGGCUGGUGGGACUGGAGCCUGACCGUGUUGUUGGAUGGCCUGCACACGGCGGGGCCUGCGAUGGCAGCUCAGCCUGGUGCUCUGGGAGGGACAUGCCACCUGCUGGGCUCUCCGGUCAUCAGGCAGCUGUCAGCCGCCCCUCACGACCUCUGCAAGCCUCCGGGGCCAUCAGCUGCUAUGUUUGAAGACACUCCAUCCACACAGAACCCUCAAGUUGAAGGCCCCCAGAAUGGGAAUGGAAGCCACGGUGAAGGCGUGUAUGAGUCGUUCGGGUCGGGGGAGCUGGCCGAGUGCCUUCCCCGCCGCUCCCAGCCCUGCCCUGUGCUGUCUCACAGGGAGGAAGUCCAGGCAGCCCUCAGCAGCCUCAGAGCCAGCAGGUGGAUUGACCACAGCACACGCUCUGUGUCCGUGCACUUCACGCUCUUCCACGCCCCCAGCCGCCUCUUCACCAGCGUCUCCCUGGGCGUGGAGAUCCUGCCCUCAGGGGCGCUGAUCCCCUCGCCUCAGGUGGACUCAGUCGGCAUCCUCCGCAGUGACUCAGUCUUGGGUCACUGCCUCAUGCUGUCUGAGCUGGCCUCCCUGGCACUCAGCCUGGCCCACCUCUGCUUCCAACUCUAUGCUAUGGUGGACAAGGGUGUCCUCAACUACUGGCGCAAACCAAGAAACUGGCUGGAGCUCGCCGUGGCUGGAACGGGCUUCGCCUGCCACCUGGCCACUGGCCACCUCGCUACCCUUGCUGGGGAUGCUGCCGACCAGUUCCAUAAGGGGUUUUACCGGGAGUUCGUGGACCUUGGCUCCGUGGUGUGGUGGGACCAGAGGGUGCGGUGGAUGCAGGGGGUCCUCUCCUUCCUGCUGCUGUGGACAAGCCUGGCUCUCCUGGGUCGUCUCGCCCUGCCAACCUCCCUCUCCCUCGCGCUGGGCCACACCCUCUCCCGCAUCCGUGCCCACGCCCCAAUGCUGGCGGGGAUCCUGCUGCUGGCUGCCCAUGCUGGCAUCACACGCCGGCGGCAGCUUCUCUCCACCUGGGCACCGGCCUCCAGUGCCUGGGCAGGGGCUUUGCCCGGCCUGCUCUUCCGCUUCCCGGGGAGAGGCCGAGCAGACUUGCCCCCUGGUCUUUCCCAGUCCAACCCCCGGGCCACAGCUUGUCCCUGCCUGGCUCUUGUCAUGGUGCUGGCCACGCUGUGCUUUGGGGUGCUGAGAGGAGCCCUCAUGACCGUCCCCAGAAGAAGACCACCUCGUCGGCGUCAGCCUCUCAUGAGGUUUGAGCGUGGUCGUGUGUGCAGCUGGAGGAAGGCCCUGGCCUGGCUGGGCCUGGGAACACCACAGUCAGAGGAGACGGAGGUGGCCGAGGACCACCGUUACUACCUGGACGAAUUUGCGAGUCUGGUAGACGAACUUCUGAUGAAGGUUGAUGGUUUGUCCAGCAGCCUUCACCUCCCACCUCUAGAACGACCCAGGCCUUCAGCGGAGUCAAGGGCACAAGACAGGCCCCUGGGAGGGGUCCCAUCCCCUUACCAGAUGGCUGGGCCUCUGAGGACACUGGACUCCACCAAGAGCCUGAAAAGCAAGAAUGGAAGCUAG